AUGCCGUCUCCCUCGACGUGGCACUUACACCUCCUCAAUGCUCCAAAGGUCCCAACUUCCGCGGCGGACAGUCACCUCGGCCCAGAGACCAUCGACGAUUACUUCGAGGACCGGUGGCCCCACCGCUACGAGGACUUCAGCGAAGUGAGCUUCGAGGACUUCGCAGUACGGAAGGCUCCGGCUCGUUUGGGCCAGCAGUGGGCCCUGCUGCGGCCGGCGGAUGCCUGGCUCCACCGGCCUGCCCUGGGAGCCUUCCUCCAGGAGCUGCAGCGUUCUGGGCUGGAAGUGGGCAGUGUGGCCUUCACCUUCGUCAAGGGGGGCGCCCUGGAUCUGCGGCCGGGCUUGGUGCUCAGCCCGGAGGCGCUGCAGGCUUUAUACUACAGCCCAGGCGGCGUCGAGCAGCUGACGAUGGCAGGCCUUCAGGAGCGUUCAAUAAGGAUUGUGCAUUCUCCGCUGUUGGUGCCGGAGCUGGUGGCUCUGCCGAGGAGCCUGACCGGCUACCUCUCGGAGGGGGCCCUCAGCGGUGUCUGGGCAAUCGGCGAGGUGAACGACGAGUCCAUGCGUGAGGACCUUGAGAUCAAGGCAGCAGACCGUCGCUUCUUUGCCGGGCUGUUGCAGGAGAACUUCGAAGAUCUGCCCGUCGACGCCUGCAGCGACGAGGCGCUUCAGGAGGCGAGGCGCUGGCAACGCUUUCUGCACAACGACGAUGAGCACAUCAAGGUGGUCCGUGGAUUUCAGUCCGGCCGGCGGGAGUUCCGCACGCUGCAUGCGAUGUAUCGGUCCUCAAAUGAGGCAAAUCCAUUGAGCCUGCGUUUGCCAGCCAGCGAUCUAGGUGUGGGCAACGCCAGCUCACGCAGCACCAAGAGCAUGCACGCGAUCAGCGAGGAGGUGCCUACGAUCAGUCCGACCACCGCCUCACCACAGGAUGGCGACUGUAUUGAAUCGCCUGGUAGUCAGGACGUGAGCAAGGCCACCAAAGACUUGGGUGACGAGGGUGUGCUAGCAGCACACAUGAGGAUUCCUCUGAGUGCCCGGAGCACAGGCACUCGAGGGGGCCUGGAGGAGGACGAGGGAAUACCGGCGACCUUGAAGUUCAACAGCAUGAUGACAGAUCUCAGCUACGAUGAGACCGUGCAGCCCAUGCACUCCAUGCCGAACCUGACAUAUUGGCAGGGCCGGCGCAACAGUGGCAUCAAGCUCGGCCGAGGCGACGACGAGGAUCUGGAGGAUGCCAUGAUGAUGACCCACUACCCCAGCAUCCUCACCGAUGGCGGAGACGAGGGCUGGUUCUCGACCCCGCAGCGGCCGGCCGCCACGGGGGGAAUGCAGCACCUCCAGGUAACCGGGGCUCGCGGGGGUCGGCGGAACAGCAACGGAAGGUUGGCCAAAGGUCCCGCUGACUCUGACGAGGAUGAGGAGCUUAUGUUUGCGAAGCACGCCAGCAUCGUCACCGACAAUGGGGAUGAGGAACCCUUUGCAAAGCACAGCAGCUUGGUCACUGACUACGGAGAGGAGGAUGGUGGUCGGGUCGGCCGUAUGCCGACGCACCUCGUCCAGGCCGCCAAGAUUUUCCAGGAUGCUUGCGCGGCCUCCAGCACCCAGGCCGCGCCAGCAGGAGAUGCAGUGGGUCGAGGGCAUCGGCGUGGCGAAGAGUCGUCCGAAGCCUCUCCGACAUCUGCAGCGUCUCCUGCAUCCAGGACGCCGAUGACCAUCAACAUCCAGGCCGGUCCCGGGUUCCCGGCACAGCCGUGGCAGGGGGGCCAGGGCCCGGCGAACCCGGCUCCGGGCCCUGGUCCUGGCGGCCCUCAGGGAGGCCUCUUGAGCCAGCCCCAGUUCGGGCCUGCACCCUCCCGGCCGAUGCAUCCGCAGACAGCCGGGGGCGGCGCUGGCGGCGGUGGCGGCGGCUUCCCAUCACAAGGCACCUUGUUGAACCUCGUGACGCAGGCGGCGGAGGCCGCCGCCCGCCGCGACGCGUCGGCGUGGUCCGCACCGCUCUUCGGACGCGAGGAGCAGCAAAUCCCUGGCAUGCAGCACGCCCUGGAUCCAGCACAGCGAGCUGCCUGGCAGGGAGCGUCACCCUACAUGUUUGUGCCGCCGAACUUCCCCUCAACGUCUCCGUUCGAGAGACCUGGCCCCGGCUUCCUCUCCUCACCCUGCGGCGUUGGGGGUAACCCUCUUGCUGGCCUGUUGGGUCCCCAGUUUGCUUUGCUUGUUUUUGCUCUCUGCUUUUUUGUGCAUUCUUAA